CAACAAAUCGAUCCUUCCACAAUUGAAUGACAUGUAGCUUCCGUAAAUUUUCACGCAGUCAUUUCUUAAGAUUCAUUGCGCCGAGUGGUGUGCUUUUUUUCAAAUAGAUCGCUGUCGAACUUACUCCUGCUUUCAAUCUAGUCUAGAAUAAAAACAGAAGACAGAGAGAGAAAGGGGAAAAAAAUCGUCUCUCAACAGCAAAUCAACCCCUCCUCGACUCGACUAUCUCUUACCUACGUACUACCUGAGGUGUCUUCAUAUCUCUUUGGACACCGCACUGGCUAGGAAAUCUUAAGAAAAAGGAACACUACAUCCCGAGUCGCUAUCAAGCUUAAUCGCUCUAGACGCAGCAGUCAUGUCGCGGCAAAUAAACCAACCCUCCAACCAGAUCAAGCUGACAAAUGUCUCGCUCGUGCGACUCAAAAAGGGCAAGAAGCGCUUCGAGAUCGCGUGCUACAAAAACAAGGUGCUCGAGUGGCGCUCCGGUAUCGAGACGGACCUGGACAACGUCCUUCAGAUCCCCAAUGUCUUCCUCAACGUCAGCAAGGGCCAGACAGCGCCCUCGGCCGACCUGGCCAAGGCCUUUGGCAAGGACGUCCCCGUCGCCGACGUGAUCCUCGAGAUAUUAAACAAGGGAGACAUACAAGUCGGAGAUAAGGAGCGGGCGCAGCAGCUGGAGCGCGUCCAUAACGAGGUCGUCGGCAUAGUGGCCAGCAAGCUCGUCGACCCGAGAACCAAGCGCGUCUACACCACCGGCAUGAUAGAAAAGGCCCUGGACAUGCUCAGCUCCCAGGCCCACACGCAACAGCAGCAGCAACAACAACAAAACAAGUCAGCAGCCGACGGCAAGACGGAGAGCAGUAGCGGCACCGCCACGCCGACCACCGCCGCGGCUAGCGAGAACGGAGAGGCCGCCGGCGGCAAAUCCUCGAAGCUCCUCUGGACCGGCGUUGUCACCACCAAGAACGCAAAGCUCCAGGCUCUGGAGGCCAUGAAGGCACUGAUAGCCCACCAGCCCAUCCCCGUCGCUCGCGCCAGAAUGCGGCUCAGGAUAGCCUGCUCCACGAGCGUACUCAAGCAGGCAGUCAAGGCUCCCAAGACUGAGGAUGGCGAGCAAAAGGCCCCUGGAACAGUGAAGGACAAGAUAUUGGGCUACAUAGAGCAGGUUGAAAACCAGGACGUGGUUGGCUCGGAAUGGGAAGUUACCGGGUUUGUAGAGCCUGGAGCGUUCAAGGCUGUCUCCGACUUCAUUGGGAACGAGACCAAGGGGCAGGGCCGCGUCGAGGUUCUAGAUAUGGCAGUCACGCACGAAGACUAAAAAAGAGCCCAAAAAAAAGAAAAAAGAAAAAAAAAGAGCUAAAAGGUGUCCAUGCCGCCAUGUUAUGAGUAUUCAAGAAACCAAACACAAGUUUACCGGAACAUAUGACCAGCGGUUGGAUAUUAUCAGCCCCCCUUCACUGACUUGGAUAGAAAACGUCGACAGUCUUCCUUCACAACGGAAAAUCUCGGACCAUGACACAGGUGUUAAAAAAAAAAAGAUGAACC